AUGGACGCGUAUACCGUCCGCCCGUGCCCUAUCUGCCAAUCCGACCACUGGGUCCUCACCGAAGACGACGAGAAAGGCCUCUGGGCCCUCUUCAGCGAUAUGGCGUCCCUCUCCACCAUCGAGAGGGAAAAGCUCCGCGAAGUCCUCCAAGACAUGUCCGCAUCCAAAACCUGCGCGAGCCAGGCCGCCGCGCGCAACGCGCUCGCAGCCGCAGAGCAAGAGCGCGACGACCAGAUCAAAACAAUCGCAGAACUGGAGCGCGAGCGCGACGCCAAGAAGAAAGCAAUCGCGGAGCUCGAGCGCAAGCUGCGGGGCCAAGAGCGCGCGCUCAAGCAGAACGAGGACCUGCAUAUGGGAAUCGAGGAGAAGUGGGAGGAGGGCAAGAAGGCGAAGGACAAUCGGAUCGCUGCGCUCCGGUACGAGAAUAUGCAGCUGGCGAAUCAGCUUGAGAGGGCCCAGGGACGGGAUCGUGCGCCAAUUUCUGCAAACAAUAAUCAGCGUCAUGGCCUCCAGCGUCGUGGCCAGGGCGUUGCGGAUCUCCGUCGCAAGGGUUUCGUGGGCGCUGCUCCGACGGGUAUUGCGAAGUCCAGACAUGCGGUUGCUGCUCCAAAGCCGGUGCGCAACUUGCGCGAUAGGGCGGUGUCGCCGCUGACGGGCGUCAAUGUUCACCCUCUACCCACAAAUCCGACAGCCCCAAAGAACGAACAUAAUCAGCGCCAUAUGGCUCCCCGUGGCGGCGACCAUCAGGCCAGCGGAGGGAGGGGUCGCAAGCUGACGUGCAAGAAGUGCUAUGCGCUCAAAAUAGACUGCAGCGGCGGCUAUCCAUGCAAGCUUUGCAAGCAAGGUCAACUGACUUGCAAGUAUAGCGUGUGCGCCUACUUCAACACGGAGAUGGGCUGCGUGAACCCGGAUUGCGGCUUCAUCCACGAUGAGAAGGGUUACCGGGUUCGUUAG